UGGGGCUGACCAAGGCCGUACAUAGCGGCUAACGCAGAGCUCUUCAGAACCUCAGCAGCGAACAAAAAGCUUGGCAUCAAAUCUGCAGCAGGAUGCAGCCAUCGUCCGGUGUCUUAAUGACCGAGGUGACCACUGGGACUUCCAGAACUCUCUAUUAGAUGGACAAAACAUCUCCCAGUCCGGGAUGAGUGAUUAUUGAGACGACAUGGAGCACUCAGGGAACAGGCAUUACAGGCACGGGAAAAAUCACAAAUAGUGAGAGCCGACGCAGUGGCGAGAAUUUGUGAGAAAAACAUUGUGCAAGACUUGGCUGAGUAGUGCGGUACACCGAAGGGAUACAGCUAGCUAACGGCCAGUGCAAAUACCGACUCCGGUCGACGGCGCGCCGUCUCGAUGUCGGUGACGACGCGGCGUCGCCGGCGCCUGUCGGCGCGCGUCGGAGCCGGCGCCGACUGCCACCUCACUCCUCCAGUCCGGGACGCCUUCGUCAGCCAGUUGCUCUGCCAGGAGGGCAUCUCGUUCGAGACGCCGUACUGCGCCGGCGUCAGUGUCGGCAGCGCGCCAAUGUUCCGCUCGGCCGGUAUGGACGCGGCCACCGGCGGUUUCUCGGCCGGUAUCGCGCUCGUGCUGCUGGCGCUGUUCGUCAUGGUGGCGGUCUGGUGCCGGCGACGGGCGCUGCUGCGCCGCGUCCAAACUGCCGAUGAGGGCGACUUCGACCCCGAGCACCCGCCGCCAAAGUCGGCCAUCCUGACGCGGCGGCGGCAGCGACGGCUGCGGCGCCUGCUGCACUUGCAUCAGCAACACGUCCACUUCAGCGACGCCGUCGACGUCAACGAGAUCGGCGCGCGCUCGGCCACCACGCUGACGUCUAGCUCCGCCGGCCCGCCGACGACCGUGCCGGCACCGCGCGGACGCCACGGCUCCGCCUGGGUGUCACCGGCGGAUGUGGCCUCUAUCAUCGGCUCCGACGCCACCGACGAGGCGGCCAGCAGCGGGCCGGCCUCGUCGGAGGCCGAGGAGGCGCCCUGAUGGGGUGGCGGGCAGCAGACGUGAUCGGAGCGCACGCGGGCGAGACCGAGGGACCACCUCCGCGUGAUCCCAGUGCCGUUCAGGGCUGGUGCCCGUCCUCUGGAGCCGUCAGGUGCCUGCUACAGCACAGCACUUGAACCAUCAACAGUUUUUUCUGAACUUGAACAGAUCACUGGAGAAUAACUGGUAUGGAGAGGACGUUCUGCGAAGAAAAUGACGGCAUAUACAAAUAUUGCGCGGGAUUUAGGAUUGAGGGACGGUCAGCAAUGCUCCGAACAGGUGUUGGCUUACUGAGAGACUAAAGGAAUGCUUGUUUUUUGACAACGAGCUCUGGUAGAAAGUCCAGAAAAGCUCUUGCGGAAAGCUCUGGGUAAGCCCAGAUCAAUUUGUGGCAGGUGGGCGCCCAACUCACAUCAAGCGGCACAUAGUGAAUACCUUCUGAUUGAAAGCACAUUUAAGCACAUAUUUUCAUGAGUGAAGUGGGAAGAGCUGACAGCCUAGAUCAGAAGACUUAAAUUGCCUAAGAUUUGGAAACAGAUAUAUGCUGACGUAAUCCUGGGACCAUAUUCAAUAUAGAUUGUUAUAUGUGCCCGCGUCCGUUUACCUACGGUCGCAUUAGAUGUUUUGAUUAGCACUGUCUCCCCGGUAGGCAAGUCAUCCAAAAAUCGUCUUAACUAUCGCCACGUUUUCGGCGCGUGAUGCUAUCUUGGUGUGUUUUUUCGUCGCGCAAGCUCAAACAUUUAUUAUCAUCAUUAUCAACUCGUUUGCUUUGAAACGUGCAGGGUUUCCUUAAAACGUAUCGUAGUUGUUUUUCCACAGCUCCUUCAAUUAUAAUUCAAACAAAAUAUGCAUUUUUGCCUACAUGGCGAUGCAUGUAAGUGUAGCCUUAUACAGUUAUAGGACUAUUUUCCAAGCUCAGCACGCACGAGAGAACGCGUUACCAGUGGCCUCAUUUCCGUUCAAUACACAUGGUGGCAUACCUC